AUGGGCUCUACGGAAAAUACACACACUACAGAGCGCCGCUUUGGGACACUGGCUGUCCACGCCGGUUCGCCUCAUGACCCUGUGACCGGCGCUGUCAUUGAGCCGAUCUCUUUGUCGACCACAUAUGCUCAGACCAGUGUUGGAAAUCCUGUUGGUCUAUACGAGUACACACGAAGCUCCAAUCCCAACCGUGAUAAUUUCGAGAAGGCCGUCGCAGCUCUCGAGCACGCAAAAUACGCUCUCGCUUAUUCUUCUGGCUCCGCCGCUACUGCGAAUAUCCUCCAAUCUCUUGCUGCUGGCUCGCACGUUGUUUCGGUCUCCGAUGUUUACGGUGGUACCCACCGAUACUUCACCAAGGUUGCUUCGGCGCACGGUGUCCAAGUCACCUUCUCCCCCUCAAUUGAGCUGCACGUGGAGCAAUUGAUCCGUCCCAACGAGACCAAGCUCGUCUGGAUCGAAACCCCCUCAAAUCCCACUCUCAGCUUGGUGGACAUCCGCGCCAUUGCCGACAUUGCCCACCAACAUGGCAUCCAGGUCGUCGUCGACAACACUUUCAUGAGCCCCUACGUGCAGAAUCCCUUGGACCACGGUGCAGACAUCGUCGUCCACUCCGUGACAAAGUACAUUAACGGCCACUCCGAUGUCCUGAUGGGCGUUGCCGCCUUCAACUCCGAGAGCCUCAAGGAGCGUCUCGGUUUCCUCCAGAACGCCAUUGGUGCCGUGCCCUCGGCAUUCGACUGCUGGCUCGCCCACCGCGGUCUCAAGACCCUGCACCUGCGCGCCCGCGAAGCAACCACAAAUGCCACAGUUAUCGCCAAGGCUCUCGAGGCCUCCCCUCACGUCAUCUCGGUCAACUACCCCGGCAUCGACUCUCACCCCCAGCGCGCUAUUGCCCUUAAGCAGCACCGCCAGGGUAUGGGUGGCGGUAUGCUCAGCUUCCGCAUCAAGGGUGGUCAGCAGGCUGCUCACGACUUCUGCAAAUACACCAAGGUCUUCACACUGGCCGAGAGUCUUGGAGGCGUUGAGAGUUUGUGUGAGGUGCCCUCCAGCAUGACCCACGCUGGUAUCCCCAGGGACCAGCGUGAGGCUGCCGGUGUCUUCGAUGACCUUGUGCGUCUCAGCUGUGGUAUUGAGGAUGCCGUAGAUCUGCAUGCCGAUGUGAUUCAGGCCCUUGAGUUGGCUGCUGCACCCCAGAAAGCAUAG